AUGGCCGCUACCAAAGAGAAUCCAAUCAUCCUUUAUGAUAUUCCCAACGUCAACGGUGCUUCAUGGUCUCCAAAUCCAUAUAGAACAAGGUUAUCUCUGAAUUACAAGGGGCUACCAUAUCGUAUUGAGUAUGUUGCAUACCCCGAUAUCGAACCCAAGAUGAAGGCAUUAGGCGUAGCCCCAGUAUCAAACACUUUUCCCUACUAUACACUACCAGUGAUUGCGGAUCCAUCAAGUCAUCCAGACGGUAAACCAACCUAUGUUGCAGACUCGUUCGAAAUUGCAGUAUACCUAGAUGAUAAAUAUCCCACUCCUACGUAUCCUGCAAUUUUUGCGCCCGGGACUCGCUCUCUUCAGCAUAUACUUACAACACAAUAUUACCCGGCCACCGUUUCUAAUAUAAGGUUGACCAUUAUGCCACGGAUGCUUCACCUCUUUGAUGCUCGAUCAGUCGAGUAUCUGAAGCGCACAAGAGGGCAUAUGCUUGAACCAUACCCGGAUGAUGUGAUUUCCCAGAAAUGGGCCGAGGCGGAGGAAAAGUUUUCUUCCCUUAGUAAAUCUGCAGAGCUCAAUGACGGAACCAAGGAUGCUGGACCGUUUAUCACGGGACACACUGUUUCCUUCAUCGAUUUUGCGCUUGGGGGCCUGAUUCACUGGGUCAAAAGUAUAGAGGGAGAGGAUUCGUCUUACCUGAAGAAAAUAUUUGAAUGGCAGGGAGGGAGGUGGAAAAGGCACUGGGAGGGGAUCCAAAAGAUUGAAAAUAUGUCUUCCCAGGUGAAUUGA